AAGCGUGUCCCAGAAUCUCGUACGACACACUCUAACAGCAGUUUCUCUCGCUAAACACAAACCGGUAUCACAGUUUAGAUUGUUGGGUGAAUUGAGUUAAUAAUAAGCGUUUAGUUUUUCAAAAGAAAGUAUAGACAGGUAAAAGUCAUGUUUCCAAAAAACUUGGAAAACGUACUUGGAAAGCACAUUAAUUCAAAACUUAAAUGUUCCUAUUUCUACACCGCAAUGGCGUCAGUGUGUCGUUCAAACACAUUGUGUUUAUUGAACCUGCAGAAGUUCUUUCAACAUCGUUCCGACCGUACAAGAACGCAGGUCAAAUUUCUCAUCGACUAUCUUGCGACUCGAGGAGCUGAUUUUCAAACGUCAACCAUCGAGGCGACAGACACCAACUCGUGUACCUUUAGCGCCACCUCGUGUCUUCGUCUUGCUCAGACGAUGGAACAGGAUAUUACCACCGAGCUCUACUCUGUACAUGAGGCUUCUAAACUGGACGUUGAUCUUACGAAGAUCUUGAACCGAUUCAUUGUUGAACAAACCGAAACUCUGUCCACACUACAACAACAUUUACAUUCGUUGGAAACGAUUCGCGCAAGAUCGAGCAACCAAGGGCUAGCAGACUAUCUCUUUGACAAAACACUUUAAAACCACUAGUGUAGUGCUAUACAAGUGUUAUUGGUUGGUUACCUUGUUUAAUGUAAUUUUUUUUCUAUACAGUGAAUCAUACAAGUUGGUUCCAUUCAUGUUUAUUUAUUCAUUAUGUCCUCUGUUUGCUUUCGUGGGUUAAUUACCUUGCUUUUUUCUUCUAUACAGUGAACCAUAUAAGUUGGUUCUAUUUGUGUUUAUUUCUUCAUUUUGUACUCUGUUUGCUUUCGUUUUUCAAAUAUUUGAACAUGGGGCGAAGGCUCGUCCAAUAUAAGAUCUCAUGAUCUGGGCGUUGCGUCUCCAUACCUUA